GCCGUCGGAGAAGGAGUCCCUGUAUUGUUUUCCGGCGGACGACUCCUUCCCGCCGAGUCGGUGCAAAGGUUUACUCGAUGCUCAGUGCCAUGAAAGCAACCGGCAGAUUUCGAUUGCGUCGGUUCUCGACUCAGAUUGAUUUCGCGACCCAAAUUCCGACCUCUGCAAGCCCUAAUUUUGCGCAGAGCCUUGGGAGAAGAGCGAGGAGCCUGAUUCCCGUCCCUCACAGAACCAUCGCCGAGCCCAAGGGGCAAGACCUCGAUUUCGUCAAUGUCGCUCACAGCCACCUGAUCCACUCCGACUGGGACAAGCUCCAGAAGCUAUCGGCUGAUUUGACUCCCUUCAGAGUGAAGCACAUUCUGUUGAAGAUCCAUAAGGACCAUGUCCUCUCUCUCGAGUUCUUCGACUGGGUGCAGCUCCAGAGACCCAACAUCCACACCCUUGAAACCUACUCGAUCAUCCUCCAUGCCCUCGCCAAAAAUCGGAAAUUUAAGUCCGCGGAGUCAAUUGUGAGGUCUGUCCUGAUACCUGGUUCGAAGGAUAUCGAUAUUCCUAGUAAGCUGUUUGAUGCGCUACUGUAUUCGUACCGAUUGUGUGAUUCUUUGCCGUGCGUCUUCGAUGCUGUUUUUAAGACUUUUGCACAUUUGAAGAAGCUUAGGAACGCGACCGACACCUUCUGUCGGAUGAGGGAUUACGGGUUCUUGCCAAAUAUCAAAUCGUGCAAUGCUUUCUUGAGCUCAUCGCUUGAUAUGGGUCGAGCUGAUAUUGUCCUUUCAUUUUAUCGGGAAAUGCAGCGUAGCAGGAUCUCACCGAAUGAGUACACUCUGAACAUGGUUAUCUCUGCACUUUGCAAAGCAGGGAAACUCGAUAAGGCUGUUGAACUGCUUGAGCAGAUGGAAGGUAUGGGUUGUAGUCCUUCGGUUGCUUCCUAUAAUAUAUUGAUUUCAGGGCAUUGCAAUAAACGUCUCUUGAGCUCGGCUAUGAAGCUAAAAAGAGUGAUGGAGGAGAAAGUUUUAGACCCAGAUAGGAUCACUUUCAGUACCCUCAUCAAUGGGUUUUGCAAGGCGGGAAGAUUGAGCGAGGCAAAUAAGAUUUUCACUGAGAUGAAGGCCUCGAAUAUAGCUCCAGAUACUGUGACUUACAACACUCUGAUAUACGGGUUCAGUGAAGCGGGUAAUAGUGAGAUGGGGGCUAGGCUGUUUGAGGAAAUGUCGAGAUAUGAGGUGAAGGCUGAUAUACUGACAUACAAUGCCUUGAUAUUGGGGUAUUGCAAGGAAGGUAAGACGAGGAAAGCUGCUUAUCUGGUUAAAGAGCUUGACAAGAAGAAUUUGGUGCCAAAUUCUUCCACGUUUUCAGCUCUUAUCCGGGGGCAAUGUGUGAGAAACAACCCUGAUCGUGCAUUGCUGCUGUACAGGAGCAUGAUUAUAAGUGGAUGCCACCCAAAUAGUGAGACAAUGAAUCUAUUGUUAGGUAGCUUCUGCAAGUGCAAGGACACUGACGGAGCAGUGGAGGUCUUAAGAGAAAUGAUGCACAGGUCCUUGACUCCUGAUUCAGGUAUUUUAUCCGAGCUCUGCCGUGAACUGUGCAAGCAAGGUAGUGAUCAGCUAGGACUUGACCUAUUCAGUGAGUUGGAAGCUAGAUGUCUUGUGCCCGAAGGGUUUCAUAAAAGCCUAAUCUUUGAGAAACUACAAGGAGCAAGAAAAAUGGCUGAGGAUGAGCUCAGAUGCUCAGUGGUUUAACAAUGCAAAGGAGCCAGCUCAACUAUUGUGAGGAAGUCCUCGUGUUGGACUUCCAUGGUUCCCAUUUGCUCAGUUGUGAAGAUGCCCCCAUUUUCCAUUAAAGUGCAUAGUCUGAACUGCACAUAUGACUAAUGUAGCAAAGUUAAUGUUCUUUUCCCCUUUCUUCAUGGAGAAGAGCAGUUUGAAGUAAUAUGGCAUGUGCAUUAUUCAGA